AUGGCGUCUGCUGCCACAGUUCUCGGCCGCUUAUCAUUGAUACCGAAUCUAUCUUCUAAACCAAAAUUGAAAUCAAACAGAAGAACAACUUCUUCUACGACUGUUUCUGUUCGAGCUCAAGCCUCUUUCUCCGACCCAUUCGUACUCCAAUUAGCGGAAUCUCUCGAAGAUUCUCUCUCAGCUUCUCCUUCUUCUUCUUCAUCUUCUACUCUCUCUUUACCUCUCCAGAGAAUCCGAGAUUCUUCCGCCGAGACUCUUCUAUCCACGCCAUGGCCAUCGCGAAAAGACGAGCCUUUCCGGUUCACCGAUACGUCAUUCAUCCGAUACUCCCAAAUCGAACCCGUCUCGACCCAGCAGCAACGGAAUUCGUCAAUUCUAGACAAUCUGACGGAAACCCAGUUCCCAAACGCCGUGAUAAUCGACGGAUUCGUGUCGAAUUUGACGAUCGGUCCGUCGGAUUUGCCCGACGGGGUUUACUUCGGGAGCUUCUCGGGUCUACCGGAUGAUCUCACGAACCGGGUAUCCGAAUUCAUCGGGAAUUUCGACUCCGGCGAUCUGUUUUGGUCGAUUAACGGCAUGGGAGCACCGGAUUUGAUUGUGAUUUACGUUCCCGAGGGAUGCAAGGUGGAGAAUUCGAUUCAUCUUCGGUACUUCUCCGGAGAAACCGGUGACCGGGAAUCGAAACGGUUACCGGUUUCGAAUCCUAGAGUUUUUGUGCUGGUGGAGGAAGGAGGAGAGAUUGGUAUCGUUGAGGAGUUUGUGGGGAAAGACGAAGAAGGGUUUUAUUGGACCAAUCCGGUUUUGGAAGUCGUUGUUCAGAAGAAUGCCAAAGUCAAGCAUUCGUAUCUGCAGAGAGAAUCCAUGGCUUCUGCUCAUAUCAAAUGGACUUUCGUCCGACAGGAGGCAGAGAGUGAAUAUGAGCUCGUAGAAGUGAGCACCGGUGGGAAAUUGGGGAGGCACAAUGUCCACGUGCAGCAGCUCGGGCCUGACACGCUCACCGAGUUAACGACGUUUCACAUGUGUGUCAACGAGCAGACUCUUGACCUCCAUAGCAGAAUUGUGUUAGACCAUCCUCGUGGCUCUUCUCGACAGCUCCACAAGUGUAUCGUUGCUCAUUCCUCUGGUCAAGCUGUUUUCGAUGGCAAUGUCCGUGUUAACAAAUAUGCUCAGCAGACUAACGCGGGACAACUAACAAGAAGCCUCCUUUUGAAACCUCGAGCUACAGUGAACAUAAAACCGAAUCUUCAGAUUAUUGCAGACGAUGUCAAGUGUUCGCAUGGAGCUGCGAUCAGCGAUCUUGAAGAAGACCAGCUCUUCUACUUCCAAGCUCGUGGGAUCGACUUGGAGACUGCGAGAAGAGCUCUCAUUUCGUCUUUUGGAUCGGAAGUGAUCGAGAAGUUUCCGAAUCGGGUGAUCCGUGAUCAAGCCAGGAAUCACGUCAAAGGGCUGCUCUGA